GGGACGUCAGGCUGGUUGACAGACAGCAGCGCUUGCAGAUUUGCGGGAGGAGAGAGAGGAGAGGAGAGAAGGGAUGACAGGAGAUGGGGACACGGUGUGAUGAGGAGGCGCUCACACUGAUCCGCUCUUCUCUAUGAUGAUGGGUGUCAGUGACCGGCCGGAGUGAUGCUGGGAUGGUGUAGCGCUGCUGUAGUGGUGGCGCAGCCCGGGUAGGUCGGUCGGUGGGUCGCUCGUGGGUCCCAUGGAGAGUGCAAGCACGGAGCCCCGGCCGCCGAGCCGUGCCGAUAAGAAGAGACUGAACCGAGCCCCGUCCCCGGCCAGACCUUUCCUCAGGGACCGGAGCACCCUUCUCCCCCCCAAAUCCCCGGCCCCGACCCCCGGACGCCUCUCCCGCCGCGGCACCCCCGCCAAGGACAAGCCUCUCCCGGCCAGAGGGAAGGCGACCCCCCCGGGGAAGAGGGGAGCUCCGAGCACCGGCCGCAGAGAUCCCCCCUCCUCUCCGAUCACUACCGCAGGACGGAGACUAGAGAGAUCGGCCCCCCCGGGGGGGACAUUACGGGUCACUCACACCGACAGCAGCUCCGACCUCUCCGACUGUCCCUCCGAACCCCUAUCCGAUGAGCACCGACCUCUUCCGCCCACACUGCCCGCUCACAGCAGCGACAACGAGUCGGCCUCCAGCACCGUACUGUCCGCACCGCCGGUGGGGGCGGGGAAAGAUGACGGCCGCGGAGCCGGGAAGAGAUCCGCUCCGCAGGGGCCGGGACAGGAGGAGGAGCUGCUCAGGGAGCUGGACGAGCUGCGAUCGGAGAACGACUAUCUCAAGGAUGAGCUGGACGAGCUGCGAGCGGAAAUGGAAGAGAUGCGUGACAGCUAUCUGGAGGAAGAUGUUUACCAGUUGCAGGAGCUCCGACGGGAGCUUGAUCGAGCCAAUAAGAACUGCCGUAUAUUGCAGUACCGCCUCAGGAAAGCAGAGCAAAAAAGCUUAAAAGUUGCACAGACCGGCCAAGUGGAUGGAGAGCUUAUCAGGAGUCUGGAGCAAGACUUAAAGGUAGCCAAAGAUGUAUCUGUGAGAUUGCACCAUGAACUGAAGAGUGUGGAAGAGAAGCGAAUCAAAGAAGAAGAUGAGAAUGAAAUAUUGCGUCAGCAAAUCAUUGCAAUGGAGGUGACCAAGCAAGCAUUGCAUAACGAGCUGGACAGAACAAAAGAGAGUACGUUAAAACGAAGAGGAAGCCGAGAGAUGUACAAAGAUAAGAAGACCCCAAGCCAGGAAGACAGUGCCGAUUUAAAAUGUCAGCUUCAGUUUUCAAAAGAGGAAGCAGCACUGAUGCGUAAAAAAAUGGCCAAACUUGGAAAAGAGAAGGAUGAUCUAGAGCAGGAAUUGGAGAAAUACAAGUCAGUCUAUGGAGAUGUAGAAAGUCCUCUACCAACAGGAGAGACUGGGGGCCCACCCAGCACUAGAGAAGCUGAGUUAAAACUGCGUCUUAAGUUGGUUGAAGAGGAAGCUAAUAUCCUUGGAAGAAAAAUAGUUGAGUUAGAGGUGGAAAACAGGGGCAUUAAAGCAGAAAUGGAAGACCUCAGGUGCCAGUAUGAAAAAGAAUUUCUAAGCAGGGAGUACAUUUCAAGCAUUCCUACCUCACCAUAUGGUGAUUCCAUGGAAUCUGCCACAGAGCUACGACGCCACCUCCAGUUUGUGGAAGAGGAAGCAGAGCUGCUGAGGAGAUCCAUAUCUGAGAUAGAGGAUCACAAUAAACAGCUUACAACUGAGCUGAACAGAUUCAAGUUUGGUCCUGUGCAGGACCUUGUCUGGAUUGAUGACAACUCUUCCAAAUGCAAUGGGUCAAUACAGGAGGAGCUAAAGACGGCCCGUAUUCAGAUAAGUGAGCUUAGUUCUAAAGUAUUGAAACUUCAGUAUGAAAACCGAGUUUUACUAUCGAAUGUUCAGCGUUAUGAUCUGGUGUCACACCUGGGAAUGCGAACAGCGAGCCCACGUGAUAGUGAUGCAGAAAGUGAUGCAGGGAAAAAGGAAAGUGACAGCGAAGAGGGACGUUAUGCUCAACCAAAGAGAGAAGGUCCUAUUGGCGGAGAGAGCGACUCAGAAGAUGCCUACGAGAAGACCUCAGGCUUUGAAAGUGCAAAACCCUCUGAGGCUGGUGAAACGUAUUGUGCAGAAUUGGUUAAACUGAGAGAAGAUGCACACUAUUUUAUGAACAUGAAAAGUGAAGCAGAACGUCUAGGAAAGAUCGUAGAUCGCCUAAUUACAGACACAGAUAGCUUGAUCUAUGACGCCAAAUUGCAGAUGGCAAGCAGUUCUGUGGAGGAAGUAUUAAAGGGCUGUCCAGACAGAGGAGACACCUCUGGGUCAGAAGUUUUAAGCAGCAUCAAUACAAAAAUGAAAGUAUUCAGGAAAGAGUUGCAUAGCUUUCUAGAAACGGUUGAGCACACGGGGGAAGGUCUAAAAGAGCAUGCCGAAGACCUGUCCCCAAUGCCACAUCUCACAGAAUCAUCUAGUUUCUUGUCCAACCUGACUUCUGCUUCUCGAGAUUCUCCAAUUGGAAAUCUUGGAAAAGAACUCGUAACUGACUUUCAGCAGUCCAAGCUGAGGGAACAAAUGGAAUGGCAACCGCACCAUGAGCAUGAAGAAGAUUCCCAUCGUCUCCUUGUAAAUGACGAAUCACAUCGCAGAGCAGAUGGGGACAGUAAGCACUACAGGCCAGGAGACAAGGGCGGUUUCAGUCUAGAGCUCAGCAAUCACGUGUCGCCUGAAAAGAAUCCAACACUACAUGAACUGCAGGCUAUUCUUGAACAGGAAAGGAUACUUCACCAAGAGGAACAUGAAAAGGUGACAGACAGGCUCGUCCAGCUGGAGGAGGAACAUUUGAAAAACAUUCGAAGAAAAGAUUUGGAGGUUCAGGGUCUCACAUUACAGAAUAAACUGGAGGAGAAAACAUGGGGCCAAGAAAAGUGUCUCUUACAGCAAGAACUAAGGAACUUCAAGCGAAAUGUCUUUAUGUUCUAUGUGAAAUUAAAAUGGCUGCUAGCACAUUGGCGCCAGUGCAAACGGGUGGAGGAAGAAGUAGGAGACGAAUUGCGUCAGAUUGAUCAACUAAAUGCCCUUCCUGAGUUUGCUGGCCACCUUGACUUCAAAGAAAAUGACCCUGACUUGGAGGAAGGGGAAGAAGAUGAGGAUGAUGGAGUGUUUGCCUUAACAGACUAUCCUCAACAUUCCACAAGCGAGCACAGCAGAGACCUCAGCCCCCAGCUACAGACACCUGAACUACUCCAGCAUCAGAAGCAGGCAAGUGAAAAUCAUCGCCUCCUUGCUGCAUUAAAGGGCUUAGUGGAUGAUUUCCGAUCUGAGUUGCGGGAUGAAGCCAUGGACAGACAUGAAAUUCAGCAGCGGUUUGCAGAAGACAAAGCUUCUUGGGAGAUGGAAGGGACAGAGCUAAGAUGUCGUCUGGAGCAGUAUGAAGUAAGAAGGCCUAAAGUGCCUGGAGACUUAAGCCCCAGCGAAGUCAAGGCGACCAUCAGUCAUGAGAAAGAGGAGCAUAAAAAGUUGCUUGCUGAGAGCCACAGGUUGGUGGUGGACCUCCACAGGCAGGUACAGCAGAGUGAAAAGAACUGGAGUCGGGAGAAGGGAGAGCUGUUGGAUCGAUUUGAAAAGGAAAAACAUGAAUGGGAAAAGCAAAGAAAGGAAUUCCUGAGGAAAGUAGAGCAGCUUCAAAGGGAAUCAAGUCCUCGGAGAACAGAUAGCUUCCUUGAUGACCAACAUGAUGGUGGUGGCAUGGCUGAAUAUUCAGCCAACGCUAUGCUGCACUCGCAUGAAGCUAGGUCAUUUUCUGACUCCGAUGAUAUGCAGUAUGAAGAACAGUUACUGCCUAAGCUGAAGGGGUCCGAUCGCUGCAGUGGCUCUGAGAAUCUCUUUUUUGAUGCCCUCUCACUGGAUUCUGCUGAUGAGACUGACUUAACUCAACCCCACAAACUGGAGCGUGAUAAGUUCUCCACUGAGGAUGAUGCACAAAAAGGAGGUUUGCAGAGGGUCAUGUCUGUUUCCUCCAUGUCUGAAUUUCAUCGAUUAAUGGAAAGCUCUCCUUUCCUUCCGGACAAGAACUUAGAUCUUUCUGGCGACAAGGAAGAGUUAACACCGCCCUUGUCUCCUGAUGAUCUGAAGUAUAUUGAAGAGUUUAACAAGAAUUGGGAUUACAAUAAUGUGGGCCAGGGUGAUAAAAUGGUAUAUGGGGAUAGAACUGGAAAUGGGAAAAUGGAAUUUGAAUCCUCUUCUGAAACAUUCCACUCGUCUUCAUGGUUCCUUACCACGAGUGUUACUAUGACAACGAAUACUUUGACCAACCCAGAUCACUGCCAGAACCAGCUGUCUCAAAACCACUGUGUUGCAGAAAGAACGGGGGCUAGGGUCUUUCACAGCCCACCAGUGGUUCGUAGGCUUGACAAAUCUGCAAACAAUGGCAAUGAUGAGACAAAGCACCCGGACCCAGAUUUACCCUUUUCUGCGACCAAACCCAGGGGAAAUGUUUCUGAUGCUAAAAAUUGUGCUACAGAGGUAUUUGGGAGAUGGUCAUGCGAUCUCAAUAAGCACCAAAAAGACUUUAAUGAGGGUAACCUGCACCCCAUGGACCGUCCUGUUUGCACUACUGUCAGCUUUGCGUCUUCUCUGCACAAUAUAGAGUUGUCAAGGAACCUGAGUGAUGAUAUGAAAGAAGUAGCUAACUCUGUUAGAAAUGCAAUUCGAUCAAACUCAGUAGAUUCUCAAUUUAGAGACAUUGCUUGUCAGACCAAUGGUUUAAAGAGUACAGGAACACAAACAACUCAAACAAUUAGUGUUGGUUUGCAAACGGAGGCUUUACGAAGCGUUACCAGCAGUCCACACAAGUGUCUAACACCAAAGGGCGUUUCUACUCCUGUAUCUUCGCCUUCACGUAGUCUGAGGAACAGGCAGAUAUCUCCAGCUAUUGAAAAGGUUCAGGCAAAGUUUGAACGAAGUUGUUGUUCUCCUAAAUAUGGUUCUCCAAAACUGCAGAAGAAAGCACUUGCUAAAACAGAUCAGCCAACUAAAUGCGUUACUUCUGGCACUCUCCAGAAAGGCUUCAGUGAAUCUGCAUGGGCUAGGUCAACGACAACCAGGGAAAGCCCUGUUCAUACCACAAUUAAUGAUGGACUUUCAAGCUUGUUUAAUAUAAUUGACCACAGCCCAGUAAAUUGUGACCAUUUACAAAAAGUGUCAAGGCCAAACAGCAGAUCUAGGUCAGCAGAAACUAGACAAGACUUUGUAACUAUGCCUGACAUGUACAUGGAUGGCAGGGGAAGAUCUCCAAGUCCUAUCCGCAUAACUGUAGAUCUUCAAAGGGAUCAAUAUGGUGAUGUCAGCUCUAGACAAGACCUCUCUGCCCCACCUGGUUACUCGCUGUCAGAAAAUGCUGCCAGAGUACUUAGCAAAAAAAUCUUAGAUGAUCAAAAACAAAUGCCAAAUAGUCCAACCAGAGGUUACAGAGACCACACAGCUGCAGAACUUUUAAAAAUCGAACAAGGAUCUAUUGAGGAACUGCCUUGUUCUGCGUUAGCUCCGUCCUUAGAAUCCAGUUUCUCCAGACCAGAGAGACCAGCGAACCGACGCCUGCCUUCCAGAUGGGCCUCACAUUCCCCAACUGCCUCUCGGGCUUCUUCUAGUGGUAAUCUACACGAGGAACAGGGAAACAAGGAAACACAAGCAGAAAGGAUGGAUGUCUGAUGCCACCUUGCAUGACUUACCAGUCAUAUAAUCCAGUCUGUGUAGUUCCAUUUUCACACAGUCCAGUCUUUGCCAGUAGACAUCGGGAUUAUUUUUACCACCUAAGGAAUGAUAUGUGCAAUUGCUGAACAUUCAGUCUGUUACAUUGCUUGUGUUGUUUCUGAAAUGAAACAUCUAAUGUAUGUGUGCAAGACGAUCAUAUCUCUUUCCAUCUUUCUUACGUUCUCUAGAAAAAGAAAAAAUACAUGCAACAAUAAAACUGCAAAGUACAAAAAGAACUAUUCACUCAGUGCUGACUGCCUUUUUCAUUUCUUUGCACUGUUUUUUUUUCUGUUUUGUUUUGUUUUAGCUUUUGAUCUUAUUUUUUUUAUUUUUUUAUUACUUGUAUGUUGUUUCAGUCUCUUCAGUCUUUUGGUAUUAUUUUUACAGUGUUAGAAUAUGCAUAGGAUGCAUAGGAUAAUGAAAGUGCUUCACGUUAUCUGAAGCUAUAUAGAAAGAUGCAAAGCCAUUCAGUUUGCUGAAUCAGAAAUGUUUUUUUUUUAAAUGAUGGCAAAAAAUGUCUUAUCAAGAUGACUGUAUGCAAAUAAACACGUAUCACAUGAUAGAUAAUACAGGCACUUUAGUGCAUGUACAUUACUCCUGUACUGUAAGCAACUACCCUUCAUAAGAAUGAAUCAGAAUUUUACUGUAAUAUUGUUGUGAAUGUACUGUAAUUUUAUUGUUAGUUAUUUUCUUGCACUGAUGACACAAGAAAUGAAUUUUUAAAUUACUGUCCACCAGCUGUGUAUGUACGAAUAUCUGUGAAGUUCCAUUGAAAAGCCAAGGCAUAAUGAUAUGUAAUGGAUAUUGUUCAGAGGUAUGUACCAGGCUGUACUGAUAUGAGAAUAAAAUAUUUAACAUUAUUA